AAAAAGAGGGGGAACUCAACUGCAUGUAGUAACCUGCAGAGAGAGAAUGAGUUUCUGUGGACAUCGACAUAAGAAAACGUAAUGUUCCUCCCUCGUUUCAAUUUCUCACCUUAAUUGCCUUGGAGUUGGAGGCAAGAACGUUGAAGAAGUGCAAUACAGUGUAGAAGAAAGAAUACCUUAAUUGCAAAAAAAAAAAUCGAGGCACAAGAAAAAGCUGAUCAACUAACAAUGGCGAAUAAUCUACCAUCUCACGAAAAUAAUGGUGCUGGAUGUUGUUCGACACAGCUGAUUGACGGAGAUGGUGCAUUCAAUGUUGCCGGGAUCGGGAGCUUUCUGAAAGAACAAAAGCUGGCGGAAUGCGGGCUUUCAUAUGCCAUAGUAUCCAUCAUGGGUCCACAAAGCAGCGGGAAAAGUACACUAUUGAAUAAUUUAUUUGGAACCAACUUUAGGGAGAUGGAUGCAUUUAGAGGAAGGUCUCAGACAACUAAAGGAAUUUGGUUAGCAAGAUGUGUCGGCAUUGAGCCCUGCACUUUAGUAAUGGAUUUGGAGGGUACUGAUGGUAGAGAAAGAGGAGAGGACGAUACUGCUUUUGAAAAACAAAGUGCUCUGUUUGCCCUGGCUGUUUCCGAUGUAGUGCUUAUAAAUAUGUGGUGCCAUGACAUAGGGCGUGAGCAGGCAGCAAAUAAACCUUUAUUGAAGACUGUAUUUCAAGUAAUGAUGCGAUUGUUUAGCCCCCGCAAAACAACUCUAUUGUUUGUGAUACGUGAUAAGACAAGGACACCCCUUGAAAAUCUUGAACCGGUUUUGCGGGAAGAUAUUCAAAAGAUAUGGGAUUCAGUUCCUAAGCCACAAGCACAUAGAGAUACUCGCCUUAGUGAAUUUUUCAAUGUUGAAGUUGUAGCGCUCUCUAGUUAUGAAGAGAAAGAAGAACAUUUUAAAGAGCAGGUUGCUGGUUUGCGGCAGCGAUUUUUCCAUUCUAUAGCUCCUGGUGGGCUUGCUGGAGAUCGUCGGGGAGUGGUGCCUGCUUCAGGCUUUUCCUUCAGUGCACAACAGAUGUGGAAAAUUAUUAAGGAGAAUAGGGACCUUGACCUUCCUGCACACAAAGUUAUGGUGGCUACUGUUCGCUGUGAAGAAAUUGCCAAUGAAGGGUAUACCGACUUUACCCAAAACCAGGAUUGGCUUCAGCUCGAGGAGGCAUCACAAUCCGGCCCUGUCGCUGGAUUUGGAAAGAAGCUCAGUUCAAUUAUUGGAAGCUGCUUAAACGAGUAUGACUCAGAGGCUGCAUAUUUUGAUGAGGGUGUCAGAACUUCCAAGAGGAAGCUUCUAGAAGACAAAUUACUGCAACUUGUUCAACCGGCUUUCCAUUCCAUAUUGGGACAUAUACGUUCUGGAACGGUGGAGAAGUUUAAGGAAGCAUUUGACAAAGCUUUAAAAGGCGGGGAAGGGUUUUAUGCUGCGUCCCACAGAUGCGAACAGACCUUCAUGAAUCUUUUCGAUGAAGGAUGUUCAGACAUUGUGAUUGAACAAGCAAACUGGGAUAUGUCUAAAAUGAAGUCCAAGCUAAUCCGUGAUCUAGAUGAAUAUAUUGGUUCUGUUCGUGCUGCCAAAUUGACUGAACUUACUACCAGUUAUGAGGCAAAAUUAAAUGAAGCGCUUGCAGGGCCUGUUGAGGCACUUUUGGAUGGUGCAAAUGAUGAAACAUGGCCAUCUAUAAGACGACUUCUUCAUCACGAGACGCAGUCUGCAGUUUAUGGACUUGAAAGUGUUCUUUCUGGUUUUGAAUUGGAUGAAGAAACCAGACAAAAAAUGAAAGAUAAGUUAGAGGAUUAUGCAACAUGUGUGGUUGAGGGAAAGGCUAAGGAAGAAGCAGGAAAGAUCUUAAUCCGUAUGAAGGAUAGAUUCACGAUGUUGUUUAGCCGUGACUCUGACUCAAUGCCUCGUGUUUGGACUGGGAAUGAGGAUAUUAACUCAAUUACAAAAGUUGCUCGUGCUGCGUCCCUUAAACUGCUCUCUGUUCUGGCUGUAAUGCGAUUGGAUGAUGAAUCUGAUGAUAUCGACAAAUCUUUAUCUCUGGCUUUAUUGAAUAAUAGUACUAGUGACAGAAGUCUCACGGUAUCUGACCUGCUGGCAUCAAGCAACUGGGAGAAGAUACCAUCUUCAAAGACAUUAAUAAAUCCAGUCCAGUGCAAAUCAUUGUGGAGGCAAUUCCAGAUGGAAACAGAAUAUACUGUUACUCAGGCCAUUGCUGCUCAGGCGGCCAGCAGGCGUAACAACAAUUGGUUGCCACCUCCAUGGGCAAUCGCUGCCCUGCUCAUCUUAGGUUUUAACGAGUUCAUGACUCUUUUGAGGAAUCCGCUUUAUCUUGGUGUCCUCUUUGUUGCUUUUCUAGUGAGCAAAGCAUUGUGGGUGCAGAUGGAUAUAUCUAACGCAUUCCGUCGUGGCUUUCUUCCUUCAGUCUUUUCCUUAUCAACCAGAGUUGUACCCGUUAUUACGAACAUGCUCAGAAACUUAGCUGAGAUGGGAAGUCAACCUGCUACUGCUAAUACUCGCACAAAUCCACCCCUGGCAGCUAGCAGCUUCCAAGGUGGUGUGAUUUCUGACGGUCUCUCAUCGGCUGGUUCUUCUCACGUAACAACAAAUGCAAAUGCAAAUGGAACAGAGGUUUCCAGUUCAUCAAUGGACGACUAGGCCGCUAGGCGGAUGAGUUCUAAUUGGAUGGAGGAUUAGUCUCAGACUAUAUAUUAUUAAAAAAAUGUGUUGCUUCGUCAUCAAGAGAAGCAGAUGUGUAUUUUUUGAUUAUUUUAACUGUUAAGAGUUACAUGAAAGAUAGAUUGAUGAUUGCCAUAGGGCUCUUAUGGAUUGAGUUCGGCAUCGCUGAACCUAUUCUCUGCUAAACAAAGGGAGGGGGGAAAUUUUGUAAUUUCAAUUUUGGAGUGGAUCCCUCACCACUUUCCUCUCUCAUAUUAUAGGGAGAACAUUUUCUCUAUGUAAUUCUGAAUCACCCCAACAUAACGCAAUAUAGAUUCCAUUUUCGUUUUC